ACUUUCUCAUACGUCGUCGUCUUUCCCCGAAAUUGCUUUAGUUCUAAUUCGAACUAUUAAAUUAUCAUCAAGGAGUAUCAGAUUGCGCGACUCGCGAGCGAAGAGCAAACUGUGUUUUCACGAUUUAUUUGCCUCUUUCUCGGAAUCUUGAAUUCCUUCUUGUUAAGAAAAAUGGGGCAAGUUCUUGGGUGUAUUCAAGUGGAGCAGUCAACUGUAGCUAUUACAGAAACCUUUGGGAAGUUUGAUGAAGUGCUUGAGCCUGGUUGUCAUUGUUUGCCUUGGUGUUUCGGAAAACAGGCAGCUGGUUUUCUCUCCUUGCGUGUGCAGCAACUGGAUGUUCGAUGCGAAACAAAAACCAAGGAUAAUGUGUUUGUGAAUGUGGUUGCUUCAAUUCAGUACCGAGCCUUAGCAGACAAGGCUCAAGAUGCUUUCUAUAAGCUCAGCAAUACCAGAGCUCAGAUCCAAUCAUAUGUCUUUGAUGUUAUUAGGGCUAGUGUUCCAAAGUUGGAUCUGGAUUCAGUAUUUGAACAGAAGAAUGAUAUUGCCAAAGCUGUGGAAGAAGAACUUGAAAAGGCCAUGUCGCAUUAUGGGUUCGAGAUAGUUCAGACCCUUAUUGUGGAUAUUGAACCAGAUGAGCAUGUGAAGAGGGCAAUGAAUGAGAUAAAUGCAGCUGCUAGAUUGAGGGUUGCUGCCAAUGAGAAGGCUGAAGCAGAGAAGAUACUGCAAAUCAAGCGAGCUGAAGGAGAUGCUGAGUCAAAGUAUCUGGCUGGACUUGGUGUAGCUCGGCAGCGCCAGGCUAUUGUAGACGGACUUAGGGACAGUGUGCUGGCCUUCUCUGUGAAUGUACCUGGGACAACAUCUAAGGAUGUGAUGGACAUGGUUCUUGUGACCCAAUACUUCGACACAAUGAAGGAGAUUGGUGCAUCAUCAAAAUCCAACUCUGUUUUCAUCCCACAUGGACCAGGUGCUGUAAGAGACAUUGCUAGUCAAAUCAGGGAUGGCCUUCUCCAAGGCAGAACCAUUGAGUAGCCUCAAGUCUUGCAUAGCAUUUUGGUUAAUAACAGUAGGGAGUGGGAAUCCGAAUUCGGCCUAAGCAUCGUUACCCCUCCUUAAUAUGAUUGAGAUUUAUGGUUCAAGUUUCCUUUCUAAAUCUUUGGACUUUCUCAAUAUGUACAAAAACUAUAUAGUAGGAGUAGUACAUGCUUGUUAACAAAUUGGGUGUUGAGCUUUGUUAUUGUACCUAAAGAUAUGACAGUUUUUGGUUGUGGAUAAAAAGAUUUAAUGGCUUUUCAUCUGUUGCUACCACUUGUGUAUUAUAUUUGAUACACUGUCAAUGAAUAAUUUCUAUA